UAUCCCUGCGUGCUUUCUGCUGAGUGCCCACCCCUCCAUUCCGGCAGACCCUGGAUUUGGCAUGCAGAAGCCCCAGCUCUUGGUCCCUAUCAUAGCCACUUCAAAUGGAAAUCUGGACCACGCAGCAUACUUCCUUCUGCCUCUACCUGCCUGGUGCUGGUCACAGUUCAGCUUCUUCAUGAUGGUGGAUCCCAAUGGCAAUGAAUCCAGUGCUACAUACUUCAUCCUCAUAGGCCUCCCUGGUUUAGAAGAGGCUCAGUUCUGGUUGGCCUUCCCAUUGUGCUCCCUCUACCUUAUUGCUGUGCUAGGUAACUUGACAAUCAUCUACAUUGUGCGGACUGAGCACAGCCUGCAUGAGCCCAUGUAUAUAUUUCUUUGCAUGCUUUCGGGCAUCGACAUCCUCAUCUCCACCUCAUCCAUGCCCAAAAUGCUGGCCAUCUUCUGGUUCAAUUCCACUACCAUCCAGUUUGAUGCUUGUCUGCUACAGAUGUUUGCCAUCCACUCCUUAUCUGGCAUGGAAUCCACAGUGCUGCUGGCCAUGGCUUUUGACCGCUAUGUGGCCAUCUGUCACCCACUGCGCCAUGCCACAGUACUUACGUUGCCUCGUGUCACCAAAAUUGGUGUGGCUGCUGUGGUGCGGGGGGCUGCACUGAUGGCACCCCUUCCUGUCUUCAUCAAGCAGCUGCCCUUCUGCCACUCCAAUAUCCUUUCCCAUUCCUACUGCCUACACCAAGAUGUCAUGAAGCUGGCCUGUGAUGAUAUCCGGGUCAAUGUCGUCUAUGGCCUUAUCGUCAUCAUCUCCGCCAUUGGCCUGGACUCACUUCUCAUCUCCUUCUCAUAUCUGCUUAUUCUUAAGACUGUGUUGGGCUUGACACGUGAAGCCCAGGCCAAGGCAUUUGGCACUUGUGUCUCUCAUGUGUGUGCUGUGUUCAUAUUCUAUGUACCUUUCAUUGGAUUGUCUAUGGUGCAUCGCUUUAGCAAGCGGCGUGACUCUCCCCUGCCCGUCAUCUUGGCCAAUAUCUAUCUGCUGGUUCCUCCUGUGCUCAACCCAAUUGUCUAUGGAGUGAAGACAAAGGAGAUUCGACAGCGCAUCCUUCGACUUUUCCAUGUGGCCACACACGCUUCAGAGCCCUAGGUGUCAGUGAUCAAACUUCUUUUCCAUUCAGAGUCCUCUGAUUCAGAUUUUAAUGUCAACAUUUUGGAAGACAGUAUUCAGAAAAAAAUUUCCUUAAUAAAAAUACAACUCAGAUCCUUCAAAUAUGAAACUGGUUGGGGAAUCUCCAUUUUUUCAAUAUUAUUUUCUUCUUUGUUUUCUUGCUACAUAUAAUUAUUAAUACCCUGACUAGGUUGUGGUUGGAGGGUUAUUACUUUUCAUUUUAUCAUGCAGUCCAAAUCUAAACUGCUUCUACUGAUGGUUUACAGCAUUCUGAGAUAAGAAUGGUACAUCUAGAGAACAUUUGCCAAAGGCCUAAGCACGGCAAAGAAAAAUAAACACAGAAUAUAAUAAAAUGAGAUAAUCUAGCUUAAAACUAUAACUUCCUCUUCAGAACUCCCAACCACAUUGGAUCUCAGAAAAAUACUGUCUUCAAAAUGACUUCUACAGAGAAGAAAUAAUUUUUCCUCUGGACACUAGCACUUAAGGGGAAGAUUGGAAGUAAAGCCUUGAAAAGAGUACAUUUACCUGCGUUAAUGAAAGUUGACACACUGUUCUGAGAGUUUUCACAGCGUAUGGACACUGUUUUUCCUAUUUAAUUUUCUUAUCAACCCUUUAAUUAGGCAAAGAUAUUAUUAGUACCCUCAUUGUAGCCAUGGGAAAAUUGAUGUUCAGUGGGGAUCAGUGAAUUAAAUGGGGUCAUACAAGUAUAAAAAUUAAAAAAAAAAAGACUUCAUGCCCAAUCUCAUAUGAUGUGGAAGAACUGUUAGAGAGACCAACAGGGUAGUGGGUUAGAGAUUUCCAGAGUCUUACAUUUUCUAGAGGAGGUAUUUAAUUUCUUCUCACUCAUCCAGUGUUGUAUUUAGGAAUUUCCUGGCAACAGAACUCAUGGCUUUAAUCCCACUAGCUAUUGCUUAUUGUCCUGGUCCAAUUGCCAAUUACCUGUGUCUUGGAAGAAGUGAUUUCUAGGUUCACCGUCAUGGAAGAUUCUUAUUCAGAAAGUCUGCAUAGGGCUUAUAGCAAGUUAUUUAUUUUUAAAAGUUCCAUAGGUGAUUCUGAUAGGCAGCGAGGUUAGGGAGCCACCAGUUAUGAUGGGAAGUAUGGAAUGGCAGCUGUUGAAGAUAACAUUGGCCUUUUGAGUGUGACUCGUAGCUGGAAAGUGAGGGAAUCUUCAGGACCAUGCUUUAUUUGGGGCUUUGUGUAGUAUGGAACAGGGACUUUGAGACCAGGAAAGCAAUCUGACUUAGGCAUGGGAAUCAGGCAUUUUUGCUUCUGAGGGGCUAUUACCAAGGGUUAAUAGGUUUCAUCUUCAACAGGAUAUGACAACAGUCUUAACCAAGAAACUCAAAUUAUAAAUACUAAAACAUGUGAUCAUAUAUGUGGUAAGAUUCAUUUUCAUUUUCAAUCCUCAGGUUCCCUGAUAUGGAUUCCUAUAACACGCUUUCAUCCCCUUUUGUAAUGGAUAUCAUGUUUGGAAAUGCCUAUUUAAUACUUGUAUUUGCUGCUGGACUGUAAGCCCAUGAGGGCACUGUUUAUUAUUGAAUGUCAUCUCUGUUCAUCAUUGACUGCUCUUUGCUCAUCACUGAAUCCCCCAGCAAAGUGCCUAGAACAUAAUAGUGCUUAUGCUUGACACUGGUUAUUUUUCACCAAACCUGAUUCCUUCUGUCCUGAACACAUAGCCAGGCAAUUUUCCAGCCUUCUUUGAGUUGGGUAUUAUUAAAUUCUAGCCAUUACUUCCAAUGUGAGUGGAAGUGACAUGUGCAAUUUCUAUACCUGGCUCAUAAAACCCUCCCAUGUGCAGCCUUUCAUGUUGACAUUAAAUGUGACUUGGGAAGCUAUGUGUUACACAGAGUAAAUCACCAGAAGCCUGGAUUUCUAAAAAAACUGUGCAGAGCCAAACCUCUGUCAUUUGCAACUCCCACUUGUAUUUGUACGAGGCAGUUGGAUAAGUGAAAAAUAAAGUACUAUUGUGUCAAGUCUCUGAAAA